AUGCAUAGCUCCGCCCAUUCCAAAUUUGCCAACGUAUCGUGGUUAUUCGCCGAAGGUGGUUCUUCCGAGGAAGUGUUUCGUUGUGCCGGUUGUUGUGUGACAGGUGAUAGUGAGUACAUUCCGUUCGUUGCUGAAAGGAUGCCGCGCCGUUUGGAAGCAAAAUAUCUUGCGAACUUCCGCAAGCGGAAGCGUGAAGAGCAGGAAAUCGAAGGAGUCUCGCCGAGGCCUGCUGUGACGAAUGCGGAACGCAUGAGGCAGUACAGGCAGCGGAGGAAAAAUGCGCGGGAAACUAUCGGCGUUGGUGUCCGGCCCGGUGUCAAUGCCGGUACGACUGCGGCUGCCAAUCUUGAGCCGGUGCUCAAUUUUGUGCUGGAACCUCUUCCGGGCAGGAGCAAUGAUCCGGUGAGAUUUGUAGCAGUCCCAGUCAACGGUACCUUGCCAAAUGGUGCGGUUUCAUAUAGCGUCGCCGAAGGUGGUUCUUCCGAGGAAGUGUUUCGUUGUGCCGGUUGUUGUGUGACAGGUGAUAGUGAGUACAUUCCGUUCGUUGCUGAAAGGAUGCCGCGCCGUUUGGAAGCAAAAUAUCUUGCGAACUUCCGCAAGCGGAAGCGUGAAGAGCAGGAAAUCGAAGGAGUCUCGCCGAGGCCUGCUGUGACGAAUGCGGAACGCAUGAGGCAGUACAGGCAGCGGAGGAAAAAUGCGCGGGAAACUAUCGGCGUUGGUGUCCGGCCCGGUGUCAAUGCCGGUACGACUGCGGCUGCCAAUCUUGAGCCGGUGCUCAAUUUUGUGCUGGAACCUCUUCCGGGCAGGAGCAAUGAUCCGGUGAGAUUUGUAGCAGUCCCAGUCAACGGUACCUUGCCAAAUGGUGCGGUUUCAUAUAGCGAACUUGUUCCAUUUCGUUCUGAGCAGAACGAGUCUGUUCUAAUUCCUGAUCACUUUGGUCAGGGAAUUGACAUAUCUAUACCAAUUCAAGAAGAACCAAAAUUCGAUAAAGCUGAUCGAGAGUUCCACAAACGGUUCACUGAAAAUGAAUUUGGUAUACCGUGCAGCGUAUGUGAUAGGCUGUGGUUCAUCAAUGAUCUAAAGUCGAUCACCGAAGCUGCAGGGAGAGUGUUGAUAGAGGGAAAUCAUUUUGAAUCGGUCAAUGAAUUCAAAGUAUGCCAGACUUGUCGCAGCAGUUUGCAACGUGGUGCUGUACCCAAUUUGUCAACAUCGAAUGGGUUCAAAUAUCCACCUUAUCCUUUGGGUCUUCCACCGCUGGACCCAAUUAGUGAAAGGCUUAUUUCACCACGACUGCCAUUUAUGCAGAUUCGUCGCCUGCGCCAAGCGCAAGGCAGUUACACGAUCAUUGGUCAGGUGAUCAAUGUUCCAGUAGAUGUAGAUGAGAUGGUUAGGGCACUUCCACGCGAGCUUGAAGAUGAUUAUGCUUUUAACGUGUGCAUUAAAAAGCACCUUAUUCAUAAAUCAAAUUACUUGUCUGUAUUCGUCAAAAAGUCUGUGGUGAAAGCUUGGUUGGAAUAUCUCGUUACCACUCCUUUGUAUAGACGGGAGGGGGUAAGUUUUAACCAAGAACGAUUGAACGCUAUUGCUUCUGAGCCUCAACCUGGUUCAUCGCGGGAUGGAGACGCAAUCCAGCUGGAUGUUAUCGAGGAAGCCAAUGAUGUGGAGAUGUUUGCUGGCCAACAACAGACACUUAUGUGGAAUGAGGAUAAGUGCUUGGAAAUCGCCCCAGCACAAAACAGGAGACCAGUAUCCAUCGUUUACGAUGAUGAUGCCGAGGAGCUUUCCUUUCCGGAUAUUUAUCUUGGACACCCCAGAAAAUUCAAGGCUGGGAUUCACGUCACGCCUUUCAUGAAGGCUACUAGUGAGCUGAGACGGAGUGAUAGGCGAGGAGCCAAGCCCAACCAUUUGCUGUACAUGGCUAUGAAGAUUCUGCGUCUUCGAGUUACCGAAGGGUUACAGCAUGUCUUCAAAAGCAUGGGAACCGCGAACAUAACGCGAGGACAGCUCAACGACCGAGCUUUCGUGGAAGGUCUUAUGGAACGGAACCUGUCGUUUAUGAAGUCGAUACCAAAUUCAGUGCAAUAUUGGUAUCAAAGGAAACAGGACCUUUUCGCCAUGAUACGACAGUUGGGGAAGCCAACAAUGUUCCUGACUCUGAGCGCCAGUGAAACUCAAUGGCCUCUUUUGUUGAAGCAGCUACACAAACUCUCCAGUGAGUAUAACGGCAUUGCUUUAACGGACCCGCUGCAGGAGCUGAGUGCUCUACAGCGAGCAACGCUGGUCAAUGACGAUGCCGUCACGUGCUGCUUGUACUUCAACAAGCUUGUCGAUGUUCUCAUGACGAUCCUUUCUUCACCAAGGUUCAGCCCGUUGGGAAAGCAUUACGUCGUGGACUCCUUCAAGCGCAUCGAGUUUCAGCAUCGCGGCAGCCCACAUGCACAUAUCAUGCUUUGGCUCGCAAACGAUCCUAACGAAACUGUUUCUGAAGAUAUGCCUGCUACAAUGGAACUUAUUAGGAAAGUUAGUUCCAUCAGCGCUGUGCAUUUGCCAGAAACGAUCAAGAAGCAGAUUCAUGACCACACGCGUACUUGCUACAAACGUAAUGAAAAGCGUUGCAGGUUUAACAUACCGUACUGGCCAAUGGACGAAGAGCGAACACUGAUUCCUCUCACCGCUGAUGAUAGUCGCCGUGAUCAAUUGAGGAAGCGUGCCUCGGAAAUGAGACAAAUUUUGGAAACCAAGGCAUUUGACACGUUAGAGGAGUUUCUAGACGACUGUAAAUGUACAUACGAGUACUACCUUGAUGUUCUGCGUUCUUCGAUUAAGCGACCAACGAUCUUCCUGAAGCGAGUGAUGAAUGAGCUAUGGACGAAUCCUUUCAACCCAUGGAUUGCUCAAAAGCUUCGUUCUAACAUGGAUUUGCAGUUCAUCCUCGACGUGUACUCAUGUGCGUGUUACUUGGUUGACUAUGUCAACAAGUCCAACCGCGGUAUAAGUGGAUUGCAUCGAGAGCUUAUCGCUCUGCAAGAGCAGUAUCCGGACCAAGAUUACACGGCUUUGCUGAAGAAGGUUAGUUUGAAAAUGCUGAACUCUGUGGAGAUGUGUGCCCAGGAAGCUGCAUGGGUACUUCUGCGAUUGCCUAUGUCUGAAGCCAGCAGGAAAGUUCAAUUCUUACCAACGAUGUGGCCUCAUGAAAGGAUAAGAUCUAGGAAACAGUACAGGCAGAUGGAUGAAGAGGAAAUCGAUGAGGAUUCGACUGAUGUGUGGACCAAGAACAUUAUCCAGAAAUACGAAGAGCGCGAUGGCUUAGAAGAUGUGUGUUUAGCUGAUUUCGCAGCACGGUACACUCAAAGAAGAGGUACUAACACCUACACUAUCCGGAAUGUUCCACGAAUAUUGAGAUGGCGUGGCUACAGCAUGAACGAGUUGGCUGAGUACAAGCGUGAAUCGGUACUUUUGUUUUGGCCAUUCAGAAGCGAAGUCUGCGACAUUCUGGAUGGCAACAAGUUUCUUCAGCUUUAUGAUAUGAACGAGGCAGAUCUCUUGAGAAAACGAAGGGAAUAUGACUGCGAGCUGAACUUGGAACAGACUGUAGAGGAAUACCUUCGUACUUGUGAGAACGAAGAGGUUGGUGAGCAGGAGAAUGCCGCUACAGAGAAGAAUGAUGAAUUUGUGCGAACGAUCAUCAUGGAGCCCAACAACGACGAUAUUGAACAUUUGCCCACAGGAGCACUGAAUGCUGUCAUCAGGCAACGUACUAAUGUCAUGUCGAAAGAAGAUUACUGUGCAAUGGUGCGGACAACCAAUGCUGAGCAGCGCGACCUCAUCCUGCAAAUGAUCCACAGUUUGCACAGUUACGAUGAAAGCAGCAAGCCGAUGCAGAUUUUCUUUACUGGACCUGCUGGGUGCGGUAAAACAUUCACUCUGCGCAUUUUAAUGGAGACGAUAAAUCGCUACAGUCAAGCCCACAACGCGCAGAAGAACGCCUAUGUGGCGUGUGCUUCCACCGGAAAAGCAGCCGUUGCUAUAGGAGGAACAACCGUUCAUUCAGCGUUUCGGAUCACUAUGUCAAGGCGAGCCAAUUCGAAACUCAGCUUUGAGAUGCUGCAGUUGUACCGCAAUGCUUUUGCAAACAUUAAGGCGGUCAUAAUCGAUGAAGUUAGUAUGAUUGGUGCGGAUAUUCUCAACACCAUUCAUGCGCGUCUUCAGGACAUUAGUGGCAAUUAUGAUGAUCCAUUUGGCGGAAUUAACAUCGUAUUCUGUGGAGACUUGCGACAAUUGCCACCCGUCAAUGCAAGGCCUGUUUACAAGCCUACAGGUAAUUCCUUUCACGGUGCUGUUCUUUGGCAAGCAUUGGAUUUCUUACCGCUUGUUAAGGUGAUGCGGCAGACAGAUGUAGAGUUCUCCAGUAUACUCACUAAGAUUGGUAAUGGCCAGCAAAUGACUGCUGAGGAGACCAAACUGAUUGAAAGUCGGUUCCGUACUGUAGAGUGGUGUAAACAAAACGCACCAGGAGCAAUAAGGCUUUAUCAUCGGAAUGCGGAUGUUGAAGCAUACAACAACGAAGUACUGCAUAAUCAGGAUGCUCUGGACUGUAUAGCGGAUGACGUUUUCGCGGGAUACAAGGACGCUGGUCAACUGGCAAGCUCUCGCAUCAAGCUCUACAAGAUGAGCGUCGUGGAAACCGGUGGGUUACCGUAUUUGCUACGCCUUUCCGUUGGUAUGCCAUACAUGAUUACAACCAACGUCGAUGUAGAAGAUGGCGUAGUGAAUGGUGCGAUAGGUGAGCUGAAAUAUAUUGAAAAGGAUGAAGACGGCUCAGUUGUGAAACUAUGGUUCAAGUACGACAACGAGACGAUAGGUGCUGCGUUGAGGAUCAAAUCGCGACCAACUGUCUAUUCAAGACCAGGAAUUCUGCAACCCGAUUGGACUCCUAUUGCAAAGCGUUCAGGUAACAUAAAGCUAAGCAGCAUCAUUAAAUGCAAACGCAUACAGUUUCCGGUGGUUAGUGCCUGUGCGUUAACAGUUCAUAAGUCGCAAGGUGGCACUUUCUCCGAGGUCGUGUAUGAUUAUGACAAGAGUCAAGAUCAGCAAUUGGUGUACGUUGGCUUGUCACGUGUUACGACGCUUCAAGGCCUUUACUUGACGAACACCGCAAACUCGUUUAAAUUUCAUCAUGCUAAGGGUAGCAACUCACCAAAGAUGGUGGAUUUAAGGAACGAGUUGUUGCGUUUGAGUAAUCACCGACUGCGUACACUAGGAGAUGAACUGAGUGAAGUAGUUGAAAACAGCGGCUCUGCAUGCACAUUGAUGAGCCUCAAUGUACAGAGUUUGAACGCUCACGCGCAGGACAUAGCGACUGAUCGAAUCCUUUCAAGCGUAGAAUUUCUCGCUCUGAAUGAAACCUGGAUGGAUGCUACCUCUCUAAUAGAGAUUGAUGGAUAUAAGCGCAUCACCCAGUGCAAGCGAAUGGGUAUGAGAGCGGCUGGAGUCGCGAUCUAUCAGAAAGAAACGGCAUCAACCGUGGCUGUUCCGCAUCCCAUCAAGCAACUCGGUGAGGAUCGAGACGAGACGUUUGCCGAAGUGAUCAACUAUGGAGACAUAUGUGCAGCAAAGGUUAAUGUUAUGGGAACCGAAGUACUUCUGAUUAGAAGUGCCCGAACCAUCAAACAUCUAAUCUACAGGAAAUACAUCGCUACGCUCAAGAAACCGGAGCCCGGAAUGCAACGUUAUUCGAUACGAUACACAGCAAAUGCUCACCACAAACAACACCUGGUCGCUAACAAUCAUCGGUAG